AUGGGAAACUGCUUGAUCAGAGAUAACAAAGCUCUAGCAAGAAAUGCAGGAGAUGAGUCACAGAGAGAAGUUGAAGAGACGAUUGGAACAUUUACAGCAACAGAUGAGUCAGAAGCAAAGAGCAAGUUUGAUGGCGGUAAGUCGAUGGUGAGGCUUAGAGUAAGAAGAGAAAGCCGAAUUGUUGAUGUUGAGCCAAAAGGUGAGGUGUUGAGGAUUAAAGUAGUGGUGACACAAGAAGAGUUGAAGCAAAUUUUGAAUUAUAACAAGGAUUUUAAGUAUUCUUCAGUUGAGCAAUUGGUGACUGCAAUGAAGUUGAGACGACAAAGUAUUUGUGAAGUCGGAACAAAUAACGAUCGUAUGAAUAACAACUGGAGGCCAGCGCUGGAGAGCAUUCCGGAGGAUCGUUAA